AUGCCCAACCGACCAGCCAGCAAAUCAUUCGUCUCCUCCUCUUCCUCCUCGUCGUCAGACUCGGACGCGUCCAUCGACUCAACUUCUGUCGCCGGCUUCCGACACAGCAUGGACUCCACCGCCACCCGCCCCGUCGCCUCGGUCGAGGUCUUGCGCUGCAUGCGCUGUGCUCGGGCUGUCGAGGCUACCUCAACAGACGACGUGAGCUCGACGGGCAUGGUCCGCAUCGCCCACAACCUCUACUACUGCGAGAGGUGCGCCAAGAUGGUGGGCUACAAGUAA